CGAUGGGGGCGCGCGCACGUCACGACACUCAAUCUCAUUGAGAUGUAACGGAGCAGGGCAGAGCAAGCAAUAUAAACUACAAGGAACAGGGUUCAAUUGACCCUGGUCUGCCUCCAGGUGUGGAGGCCCAUAAACCAGCGAGGAGGAAACAUGAUGAGCGGGAAGAGCCUGCUGCUGAAGGUGAUCCUGCUGGGGGACGGUGGAGUGGGCAAGUCCUCCCUAAUGAACCGCUAUGUCACAGACCGCUUUGACUCCCAGUCCUUUCACACCAUCGGCGUGGAGUUCCUCAACCGCGACCUGGAGGUGGAUGGGCGCCUGGUCACUCUUCAGAUCUGGGACACAGCAGGCCAGGAGCGCUUUAAGUCCCUGCGCACGCCUUUCUACCGAGGCGCAGACUGCUGCCUGCUCACAUUUGCUGUGAACGACCUGCAGAGCUUCCAGAACCUCGGCUGCUGGAAGAAGGAGUUCAUGUUCUACUCGGAUGUGAAAGACCCUGAGAGGUUCCCUUUUGUGGUGCUAGGCAAUAAGUUAGAUAUGGAGCAGAGGCAGGUGGGGGAGGACGAAGCACGGGCCUGGUGUGAAGAGAAUGGCUGCUGCCCUUACUUUGAGACCAGUGCUAAAGACGACACUAAUGUCACAGCUGCAUUUGAGGCAGCUGUCAGGGAGGUUCUGGCUGCUGAGGACCAGAUUGACCAUGCAUUACUGGGUAGUACUAUUGAUCUGCAUGGCAACCGCAAAACCUCUCGUGCGUCUUGCUGCUGAUUGGUCAGGUGCAGAUACACGAAAUCCACCUUGUGUAAAUCUCUCUGGCUGAAACUUGCCUGGGGGCAGUUUU